AUGGCAGCAGACCCCAGCUCCCUCUGUUGGAUGCUCAAGCAUUGCCAGGCCUCCCCCAAGCACUGCUGGGGCCCACCUGCCCACCCCUCCCAGCCUGAUUGGCUCAAGGUCCUGGAGAGCUUGGGAGUGCUUGUCCAGCAACCAUCAUGCAAGGUGGUGCUGGCGGUCAGCCUGCUGCUUGGGGCUGGAGGCCUCUGCCUCUGGUUCCACUGGAGGAAGAAGUCCGUCAAGAGAUUCGAGGAUUGUAGUAAAGAAUCUGUAGUGUCCACUGUCGUAGAGAAUAAGAGUGAUCCCUGGAUCAAAUCCCAUUUCAGUCGCCUUUCAGAUGAAAAGUUAUGCGCCCUGCUGCGAGAGGGUGGCAGUGGGGAGGCCAGUUGUGCCAGUACCAACGUGCAAGUAGAAACCUGUACCUCAAGGGUUCGAGAAGGCAGAAAUGCUGAUAUCCAUAAGGAAUCCUAUGUCAGCAGGCAGAGGAUGUCAGGAAGCAAAGUGUUUAAGGACUCCCACAGACAGUCUUCCAAGUCGAGCGCGGCGGAUGAGUCAACAUGGGCAUCAGUGGCCGCGUGUGUGCGGGAAAUUGACGUCACUGGUCGGCGCCUGGCGGAUUCCAUGCUUCAGCGGGCCACGGACUACAACAACUCCGGUCAUUUGGAGUCGAAGGACAUUAAUAAGGAAGAGCUCAAGGCCCUGGAAGAAGUAGAGAUGAAAGUCAAAGGGAAUUUCCUGACCCAUCGGGAAAACAAUGUAGCUGGUUCAAGCAGUGGCCACCGCUGUUACGGUAAUCAGAGCCAGCCACAGCGCAGCCACCGUGGUUAUUUUGAAGUUACCUAA